GAUCCAAUGGUAGGGAGGCAAGGGCAAGGAGGGACCUUCCAGAAUGGCAGAACCCACCUCCUUCUCCAACAUUGGAAAAGUGCAUGAUUCGAGAAGGACCCCAAUAUUCAUCGUUUCAGCCUUUCAGGGUCCUGUCAAGGCUCACAGAGUCCCAGCUCAGGCCCCCGCCGGUGCAAGGUCAACCGGUGUCAAUCAGAUAAGCUCCUUCACCUUUUUCUUUUUGAAUUUUUCUCCUUCCCUACUCGCUGACCCCGGUACACGCCCAUCUCUCUCCGUCAACCUCUUACAAUUGCUUCAUUCUAGAGUCAGUCAUUCAUAUGUCAGUUUCGUCUGCUGUCUGCUGUCUGCUGUCUGCUGUCUGCCGUGUGCAGAGGCAAAAGGCAAUGGCCGGUGCAAAGUUGCACCUUGCAGAGCCCAGCCCCCAUUCUCCAGCAAGCUCCCAGGAGGCGAGAAAGAGAAGAGCAGCAACGCAACAAGCUGCGCCCCCGGGGCUAGCGAGAGCGCCAACGGCCAAUUUACUAGAUUGGAUCAGGGGGGGGGGAUUUCGGGAAACAAGAUUGGCAGAUGGGCAGGGGCGUGGCCUAGCCGUGAAUGAGCUGGGCGCGUCCAUUUCCAUUCUCUCAAUCUUUUUUUUUUAUUCUUUUUUUUUUCUCUCUUUGCGAACUUGCGCGUAUGUGUCCAUACUAUUAUUCGUACAUAUCCAUACCUGCGUACUUGCGUAUCCAUACGAAUACUUGCUGCCAUUCAUUUUGCCCUGCAUUUUCAGCGUUGAAUCUCAUACACACAGAUAUGUGGUUUCUCUACCUUUCUCCUUGCCUGUUCAUACCCCCAUUCAUUGUUAUUCACUCACCACAUGUCUGAUUGCCAUGUCCACAACUACGCCAUCGCGCAUACAGACUCACAGAGUACCUACACCACUUUGUACUGUGUAGGCAUACCUGAACAAUCAAUACCUUGGCUGCAACCACAACCACCACAACCU